AUGCGAUGGAGAGGGCGGAUUCAAGGCAAAAACGACACGAAUGGAUGGUUCCCCAAGAGCUAUGUCAAGUUGAAUGAGAAUGGUAAGCAGGGGUGGAUAUUUGUGAUGUUUCAUUUUGAGGGGGAGGAGGGCGUAUUGAUUGUGAGGGUAUUUUUGGUUUGACAGGAGUACAUUUUAAAUUUUUUGGGGAAGGGGUGGAUGUUAAUAUUUUUUUGUUAAUGGGCAGGGGAAGACUUUUUUAAGUUGGCUAGGGCAAAUUUAUCUUCUUAAAUUACUAGAUUUUCUUUUUUUUGGCUAGACUGGGGUAUAUUUUUAAUUUUUUUUGUAGAGGGCGGGGGUGUAUUUUAACUUUUUAGGGCGUGGGUACAUUUUUAUCUUUUUACACUGCUGAGGUAUAUUUAAAAUUUGUUUGACAGGGGUGUAUUUUGAUUUUUUUGUCAAUGCAGUAGCAGAUUUUAAGGUUUUUGCCAUGGCAUGGGGGCAUUUUUAAAUUUUGAGCAGGCAGGGUACAUUUUAACUUGCGUAGCAGGGCAGGGGUAGUUUUUGAUUCUUUUUAUUUUGGCAUGGUAGAUUUUUUUUGAUUAGGCAGCGAUAAAUUUCAGAUUUUUAAAUAGGGCAGUUUAGAUUUUGAUUCUUUGAAGCAACGGUGAAAAUUGAGUUUUGUAUAAUUUUUUUUGUAUUUUCAAAAAUUAAAAAAUUGAUUUGCAAAUUUUCAGCCCCACAAAAGCAAACAUCUGUAGAAUCGUCGCACAGUCAACAACAAUCCUCUCACAUCACCCCCUCCAACUCACAACACGUCUUCCCACCCCCAAGCCAACCCACCUCAACCUCAGGUCAAUGGUUCGUGGCCCUGUACCAGUUUGACGCCGUAGAACCAACUGAUUUAAGCCUAAAGAUCGGUGAGCGCAUCUUCGUCACCGAACUUGAAGGCGAAUGGUGGAAGGGCACGGUGGACGGGCGUUCCGGCAUCUUCCCCGCCAACUACGUGGAAAAGGCUCAAUCAGUACCAGCUCUACCACUAACGGCCGUCAAUGCCUCGGGCGAUUCGGUGGAAAGUGAUCGGAAAGGCAGAGUGAUCGCGGCCUUUGAAGCGACGGCAGACAAUCAGAUCAGUUUGCACGUGGGAGACCAGGUACAGGUGAAAAACACCACCCCCGGCGGCUGGUGGGAGGGGAAUGUGAUCGGCAAGGAGGAGAAGACUGGAUGGUUUCCGGGGAAUUAUGUUCAGGUAAGGAUUUUCGAUAGGUUUUGGUUUACAGUAUGGGAAGGAAAACGUAUUUUACCUUUUUUAAAAUGGCAAGAACUUUCUUUACAGAGAAUAAAAUGGCAAAAACUUUGUUUACAGAACAAAAACUGACAAAAACCUUCUUUACAAAAUAAAAAAUGGCAAGAAUUUUCUUUACAAAACGAAAAAUUGCAAGAACUUUCUUUACAAUACAAGAAAUGGAGAGAACUUUCUUUACAAAACCAAAAAUGGCAAGAACUUUCUUUACAAAACAAAAAAUUGCAAGGAUUUUCUUUACGGAACAAAAAAUGGCAGGAACUUUCUUUACGAAAUCGAAAAUGGCAAAAACUUUCUUUACAAAACGAAAAAUGGCAAAAACUUCGUUAUGAAACUGUUCAACAGAUGUCGUAUUUUACAUUAAAAAUGACGUUUCCAGCUAAUCAGUGCGGCCUCAACUCCAAUCGGCCCCAACUCGAAACUGGCCGACGCUGCCUUUGAUUACGAAGCUCAGCACGCUGACGAGCUCAGCUUCAAAGCCGGCGACGUGAUCGAAGUGGUCGAGCAGACUGAUAACGAAUGGUGGAAAGGCCGAAUCAGCGGCCAAUCAGGCGAAUCACUUCUCUUCCCUUCCAAUUUCGUUCAACUUCGGUAAAUUUUUAACACUUUUGAAGCAUAAUUCUAUAACAGUUGAUAACUAAUUUUUUGUAAAUUUUAUUAAAAUCUAAAUAAACUUUAAUUAGAAAGGCUGGGAAGAAGUUUUUGACAUUAAUUUUGGUGUUGUGACAGUGGAAGUGAAAAAAGUAGAGUUUUAGGUAUGAAAAUAAAAUAUGACAAAUUUAAGUUUAGGUAUAAAAAAUGAAUAAAGUGAUAGUUUUAAAUCAGAAAAAACGUCAAAUUGUAUAUUGUAAGUGUGCGUAGAGUGAUUUUUUAAUAGUUUGUUUUUACUUUCAAUUUUCUGUUUUUUGGUGAUGGUGUUUUACGUUGUCGUUUGUUAUAGUAGUGGUGGAGCGUACGAACUAAAGCCGCGUAACCCAAACCAUUCAAAUUUAAAACAGUCGGAGCAAGUAAGAAAGGUAAGUUAAAGCAAUUUGGACAACAUGCCUUACUCUACCCUACCUUACCCUAUCCUACCCUACUCUACCCUACCUUACCCUACCCUACUCUAUCUUACUCUGCUUUACUCUACCAUACCCUACCUUAUCCUACCGUGCCUUAUCUUGCUCUACUCUGUGCUAACUUGCUAUAUUUUGCUUAGGGCCGGACGCGAGGGGGGGGUGCCUCCCCCCAAACAAUAAUUUUCUAAAAAAGUUUAACGUGUUUCCCCCUGUGGUUUUUUGAAUAAAAAAUUUUCGCAAAAAAUCGGCAUCUACCUGUGGCAAUUUUUUCGACCCCAGGCCAAAACCCUUUGUUCGGUUUUGAUCUAACUGUACCUUGCCGUACCGUACUUUAUCCUUGCCUACCUUAACCUACUUUACUAUGCCCUGCGUUUCUUUACUCUAUUUUAGUAGAUGUUGAUUUACUCUACCCUUCCUUACUAUAUCUUGACACACCUCACGUUACUUAACUAUGCCUUUCCCUGUUUUAUUUUAAAUGACUUUACCUUGUCAUGCAUAGCCUUACCUUACUUGAUAUUGAUCUUCCAAUCUUAAGGAGUUGAUAGAAACAGAAGCGCGAUUUGCCGACGAUUUGUUGAUGGUACGUAACGUGUUCAUGAAGCCAUUAGCUACAGUUUUGUCGGAAGGUGAUCUAAACAAAUUGUUUUUGAACUGGAAUGAACUUAUUAAAUUGUCAAAGAGAAUACAUCAAGGAUUGUUGAAGAAACCACCAGGUAAGGUUUUGCAGGCUGCGAAAGACAAGUUAUACGAUUGGGUUUUAAAAUUUUACAUUUUUUCGAUUUGGAAAGAAAGUUCUUGCCAUUUUUUGUCUUGUAAAGAAAGUUCUUGCCAUUUUUGUUUUGUUAAGAAAGUUCAUGCCAUUUUUUGUUCUGUAAAGAAAGUUCUUGCUAUUUUUGUUUUGGAUAGGAUGUUAUUGCCAUUUUUGUUUUGGAAAGAAAGUUUUUGCUAAAACCUCAAAGUUCGCGCCAUUUUAACGUCAGGAAAAGCAACAUUACUAAUGCGCAGCCUGCAGGAGACACGUUAUACGAGAAAUAUCACUUUCUGUUUUGUAAACAAAGUUCUUGCCAUUUUUUGUUCUGUAAACUAAGUUUUUGCCAUUUUUCAUUUUGUAAAGAAAUUUCUUUCCAUUUUUUGUUUUGUAAAGAAAGUUCUUGCCAUUUUUUGUUUUGUAAACUAAGUUCUUGCCAUUUUUCAUUUUUUUUAAAAAAUUUUUUGUUAUCUUUUGUUUUGUAAACAAAGUUCCUUCCAGGUGAAUUGUUUUGUCGCCGAAUCGACGCUUUCGAAGAGUUUGUCCGCUUCUGCGAAGGUCAACAGUCGGCCAUCGAACAUCUAAAUCACUUGGAAAAGACAAAUGAAACCUUUAGAAAAUGUCAUUUGAAAUGUCAAGAGAAUGAUGCUGUUAGAGGAGUAACGCUGAGUUAUUAUCUACUGCUACCAAUGGCCAGAAUCACAAGAUAUCCAUUGAUUUUCGAGAAACUUUUGAAAGAAACUGAUGCAAAGGACGAGGAUUAUGAGGUAAAAUACGGUGUUUUGAUUUAGUGCGUCCAAUUUUAACCUUAUAACAAAUUUUAAAAAAAUUUAGUUUUUAAAUUGUAAAAAAAGUUUUUGCCAUUUUAUGUUUUGUAAAGAAAGUUUUUUGCAAUUUUUUGCAUUGUAAAAAAAGUCCUUGCUAUUUUUGAAGUUUUAACGAUUUUCGAAAUUUAUUUUUAAAAAAUUUUUAUUGCACCGUGCAGUCUCAUAUUUUUUUUGCACUGUGCAAUAUUUUUUUCUUUCAUGCACUGUGCCAUUUUUUUGAUUACUUUAGGUAACAAAUACUAUUUUUGUUUUUAUUCUAGGAUUAUAAGAAGCUAUUAAAACUAUUUUUGUAUUGAUUACUUUAAAAAUAAUGGCACAAUCAAUUUUUUGAAAAAUUACUGCACGGUGCUAACUUUUUUCUUUUUUGCACUGCGCUAUUUUAUAUUACUUUAGGAAACAACUACUAUUUUUAAUAUUGUUCUAGGUUCACUAAAAGCAACUAAAACUACUUUUACUUUAACCGCUUCAAAGAUAAUGGCAAAGUGAAUUUUUGAAAAAUUGUUGCACUGUGCAAAAUUUUUCUUUUUUUACACCAUGUCAUUUAUAGGUUAUUUUAGGUAACAAAGGCUAUUUUAACUUUUAGUAUAGUUUAAUAUAAAGCUAUUAAAACUACCCUUAUUUUAAUUGCUUCAAAAAUAAAAAUGUGUAAAAUGCCAUUUUUAAUAUAUAAUUUAUAAAACCCUUUAUUUCAGGCCCUUCACAACGCUCAUCAAUUACUCCAAGCGUUGUGUGCCAGAGUAAACAAUGCCAUUUCGGAGAUGCAGAACACCAGCUUCUUGUGCUGGAGUCAAAGGAACAUUAAAACCUCGAUAAAACAUUUGGAAUUCACAUCAGAAACCAGGGAAUUGGGGCCAAGAAAGUUCCUGCAAUCUGGAAUUGUAUAUAAACAAAAGAGUCACAAGAUGUUGAUAGUACUAUUAUAUAAUGACAUGUUGAUAUUGACUACUCCAGAUGAACAUAUUGUUAAGGUGAGAAGGUUUGUUGGGGUUGGAAAGAUAGUUCUUGCCAUUUCUUGUCUUGUAAAGAAAGUUCUUGCUAUUUUUUGUUUUGUAAAGAAAGUUUUUGCCAUUUUUGAUUUUGUAAAGAAAGUUUUUGCUAUUUUUCGUUUUGUAAAGAAAGUUCUUGCCAUUGCUUGUUUUGUAAAGAAAGUUCUUGCAAAUUUUAAAAUUUUUAAAAAUUUUGAAAUCUCAGCCCGACGACUUCAAAAUUCAACCAUCAGAAGAUACGAAGUUGACAAUAUAUAAAUCACCUCUGAUCUUGAAGGAUCUUAAAGUAGAUUCAAGCUCAUCCGAUUCGACAACAUUUGAGCUAAAGAAUCAGGAACUUACAGUACAACUAAAGGCCAAUACUAACAAUGAGAAGAUGUUUUGGGUGAAUCAGAUACGAAAAGCUGUGGAUGACUAUGAUAUGAAUGCUCAGUUGAACAGAGCUAAAGAUAUUAAGGUAGGUUUUAUAAUCCUAGCUCAGCUCUAUAGCCUUAACUCUAGCCCAGAGGCUUAGUCCAGAGGCCUAGCCCAGAGGCCUAGUAUAGAGGCAUAGUCCAGAGUUCUAGCCCAGAGUCCUAGCUUAGAGCCCUAGCCCAGAGCCUUAACUCAGAGCCCUAGCCCAGAGUUUUAGUCCAGAUCCCUAGCUUAUAGCUCUAGCCCAGAGCCCUAGCCCAGAGCCCUAGCCCAGAGCUCUAGCCCAGAGUCCUAGCCCUAGCCCAGAGCCCUAGCCCAGAGCCCUAGCCCAGAGCCCUAGGCCAGAGCCCUAGCCCAGAGCCCUAGGCCAGAGCCCUAGCUCAGAGCCCUAGCCCAGAGCCCUAGCUUAGAGCCUUAGCCUUAGCCCUGCUUUAGCUUUAGCCUUAGACCUAGCCCUAGCAUUAGCCCCUGUCUAGCUUUAGGCCUGCCCUAGCCCUACCGCUUCCUCUACGCUUAACCCUACCCUUACCUCUAUCUACCCGUGAGCUUACUUUUACUCCUACCUCUACCUCUACUCUUAUCUUUACCUCUACUUUUACUCUUACUUUUAGCCUGGCUUAGAACAGAAUACUCUGCCUUUAUCUUUACUCUUAUUUCUGUAUACUUUUGUUUUUUUUCUACUAUGUCUUAUCACCAGGUAUUUCAUAUACAGUAUCUACCAGUUCUGAUUUUUAAUACAUUUUCGAAGCUUUCAAACUUAAAAACUAAUUUUAACCUUUUAGUAUUCAUUGUCAUAUGCUACUGUAUCCUACCUUUAUUUUGUCCAACUCUAUAUCAAUAUAAAUUUUAAUUUUAAAAUUUUCAGAAAAAUCACGAAGUCUUUGAUGACAGCACUGUAGCCGAAAUGUCAAUUGAAUUCGUAAACCUAAGCCGACCAGACCUGCAAAACAAGUCGAUAAUAAUAUCGACCGAUCUACCUCAAUUCACUCAACCCAUAACCCAACAAGUUACAGUAGCCACAACCCCAUUACUUCAAUUCAAACUCGAUUUGAAGAGUCUAAAACAAGAUUUAACUGCCAGUUUUAAGUUGAUCCAAACUUAUCGGCCAGAUAUUAUGAUAGGCGAGUUCAAGCAAGACAUCAUGCAGCUGGUAAGGAUUGCCGCUCAUCAUCGUGGCCCGAUUCUGAGAAAUCUGGAGCUGGAAAAGGGGGAAAUGAGUGGAAAGAAGUGUGAGGUGGUGGUUAAGUUUGUCAUUAAUAUUAAGGAAACGCUAUAG